AUGAAAAAUAAUACAUAUUCAGUUGUUAGAAGUGGUAUUAUAAAACUUACACCUGAUGGUGUAAAAUGUAAAUUAUAUUGUAAAGGUUUACAAUGUAAAUAUUGUAAUUCAGAUAAUUGGAAAGAAAAUGAAACAGAUAUAAAAGGUAUAUAUUCUAAUUGGAUUACAAAAAAUAUUAUUGGUAUGGCAAGACCAACAGAAGAAGCAAUUACAAAAUAUAAAAUUAUUGAACAAUUUAAAGAAAAAAAUAUAAGAACAUUAAUAAAUUUACAAAUUAUUAAUGAACAUUCUAAUUGUGGACCAUUUUUAAAAAGUUCUGGUUUUAGUUAUGAUCCAGAACAAUUUAUGUCUGCUGGUAUAUAUUAUUAUAAUUUUCCCAUACCUGACUAUGAAAUAUGCACGAUUAAAUUUAUAAGAAGUAUUAUGAAAGUAAUACAUUUUUCAUUAAAUGAAGGAAAUAUAGCUAUUCAUUGUCACGCAGGCUUAGGAAGAACAGGAACUAUUAUUGCAGCUUAUUUUAUAUGGCAUGACAAAUUAAGUUAUUUUAAGGCAAUACAAAUUGUUCGCAAAAAUAGACCAAGAAGUAUUCAAUCCAAAAUUCAAGUAGAAUUUUUAAAACAAUUUGAUGAUUACUGUCACAAGUAUGGUGUUUUAAUUCCAAAAAUUAAUAAAAAAUCAUUUUCAUGGUUUAUGGAAAAUCAAAGAUUAUCACUUCCAACUAUUCAAUGUCAAAAAUAUGGUCAUAUCUUUAAAUCUGUUCAUGAAAUAUGUAAAAAACUUCUUAAAGAAAUAUUUCAAGAUGAAUUUUCAUUUGAAAAAGUAGAUAAUGAUAAUUUUUAUUGUAUUAUUGGUAAAUUAAAAGUAAAUUGGACGCCAGCAUUAACAAAUCAUGGAAAAUCAGUUACAACAUUUAUAGUUAAUGUAAUGGAAAGUAUGGAAUUAAUUUUUCAAGAUAAUGAAACCUAUGAAAUAAUUAAAAAAGCACAAAAAAAUAAUAUAAUAACAUUUGAAAAAGAUUUACAUUUAUAUAAUACAAGAGAAUUAUUAAUUAUACUUGUAGCACAAAUGAAAUUAAUAAAAACUCCAAUUGCUAGUAAAGAAGAAUUAAUAUCAAUUUUUACUCGUAACGAUACUUCGCAAAUAUGUGCAUUUAAGACAAACAACUCUUGUUAUCCAUGGAUAUGUUUUGUUCAAUAUUUAUGUCAAGUUUUUAGUGUUAUAAUGAAUGAAUAUUAUAGUAGUUUUGUUUCGAUAUUAACUGUAUGGUUAUUUGGUGAAGAAGAUGAAGAAGUUAGGUAUGCAAUUUUUACAUAUAUGAGAGAUUUAUUUGCUGAUCAUUUUAAAGAACAAAAAAUGAUUGAAAAUACAAUAAAUAAAAUAGGUAAUAUAUAG